AUGAGUAGGACACUAACGGAGGUGUAUAACAAAGAUGGCAAGAGAAUUCGCCGUCAACGACUAGGGUUGAAAGAAGACGGCGAGGAAGAGGAGGAGGAUCAGCACGGAUGGUGUUAUAUUAUCUCGAUGGCGGUUGUGGGAGUGGCAUCCAUCCUGAUUCCGGUAUUGUACUUUUGGCAAACUAUGGGGACUGUUUUGAAGAAAACUAUCCGUUCCGAUUUGGUUACAUUUGGUUUUUUAGUGUUGAUGAUUUUGUUUAGUCUAGUUAUGGGGUUUUUCCUUUUAAGUCUAGCAAUCAUGAAUGCAAUUGAGUCGAUCGUUAGGUCUUAUGUGAGUAAGAAAGUCAGUCAUCAUGAAAGCCUUGACGAGGAAGGAGAUGAAAGAGAACAUUUCUUGAUCUUAGAAAUUUAUUUGACACAAGAAGAUGAAGCUAAAGAGUUCAAAUAA